UGAUAAGAACGCACAGAUCGCGGGAAUCCCAAAACGUUUUGAACUAUUUACAUAAAACCCUAAGAAUCCCAAUUCCUCUCAGUAUCACUCACCAUGGACGAGGAGGAGAAUCUCUUACUCGCUAGAAUCAUCGCAGGAAUCGAAGGAGGAGGAACAGGCGACGAUGAAUCACACUACCACGAACUCGUCGCGGAUCUCAAGUCUCUCCUCAGCACAGACGACGACGAACUCCUCAAUCGGCUCUACGUCAGCCUCUCCUCCACGGCUUCGUCCUUUCUCCGCUGCUUCUCCGCCGCCAUGGACUCUCCGGUCGAAUCCGGCCGUCUGGCGAUUCUAGCCUCCGAGGCCUAUCUCUCCCUGCUUCUCUCCACGAACUGCCCCGUCUUCACUUUCUUCUCUCCCGUCGCGUUUCUCUCUCUGCUCGGAUCGGUUCGACGAUACCUCAAACCUCGUCUCCGGGAGGAUUCGGGAGCAUCGUCUCAGGGGAACAAGAAGAAGAGAGGACGCGGUGGUUCGAGGAAGAACGAUAGAAACCUAGGGCGUGGAGAUGGGGACGAAACGGAAGAGGGUGGGUUCGAUGCGAAGCUGGUGUUCAGAGUGCUCGAGCGUCUAGGCUCGGUUCUAGGUUUUGUUCAUUUGGAUCGAUUUCCCGAUAGCUUGAAGUCUUUGGUACAAGCAGUGAGCGAGAUUCCUUUGCUUGCGUUGGAGCAUCCAGGGGCUUUGAAUUACGAUAAACUGAUGGAAAUGUGCGGGAGGAUUCUGGGGGGAGUGUUGAGCUCCGACCACGGAGAUGUGUCGCUCACCGCCGCUGAGAUUUUGAAGUCUUUGACACCGUUGCUUUUGAUGGGGAAGCAUCAGGCGAGGAGUUUCGCGUUAGGGUUUGUGUCGAGGAAGAUUAUGGGUCUGGCUAGAGAUAACUCUGAGUUGAAAAAAGUUGUUUGUAAUUUGCCUAAGUUUCUGGUUCACAAGGCGCCUGAGAAGGCUGAGCCGCGUGGAUUCGCGGUGGAGGCGAUACUGGAGAUAGUGAAGGCAAUGGGGGUUGAGGAUCAAUUAGAGUUUGUUGAGUUUGUGAUGAAGAUGGGUCAGGGUAAAUCUAAUUUGAGGAUAUUGGCUGUUGAUCUUAUACCUUUGUUGGUGAGUUCAUUAGGAAACCCCUUUGGAAGUAUUAGUUCAGAGAAUGGCGUGGAAGAUUCGUGGGGAUUAGGUUGUCUUGAUGCCUUAGUGCAGCGUUGUUCAGAUUCAAGCGCUUUAAUUAGAGCUCGAGCUUUGUCCAACUUGGCUCAAGUUGUGGGGUUUUUGUCUGGGGAGGAAAGGAGUAGGUCGAUCUUGAAACAAGCCCUUGGGUUUACUGGUGGUGAGACUUCAGAGGGAAAAGGUAGAAUAACUGACCUUUUGAAGAAGAGAUGUGUGGAUGAGAAGGCGGCUACCAGGAGAGCAGCUCUUCUUCUAGUUACAAAAUUGACAUCCCUGUUGGGUGGUUGCUUUGAUGUUAGUAUUCUAAAAACAAUGGGUACAUCUUGUUCUGACCCGCUCAUAAGUAUAAGAAAGGCUGCAAUUUCAGCUCUUUCCGAGGCCUUCAGAAUAUGUACAGAUGAAAUUGUGACCACUGAAUGGUUACAUUCUGUCCCUCGGAUGGUCAUGGACAAUGAAACUAGCAUCCAAGAAGAAUGCGAGAAUGUCUUUCAUGAACUAGUCCUGGAGAGAAUAUCACGAGCGGGAAAUUCCCUUUCUCAAGGCAGUGCUUCUCUCCCAGACAACUGGAACUCUAGCUCAAAAGAUCUAGACAGAGACAUUGAAGCCUUGUUUCCAGAAGGAGUUUUGGUUCUCCUAAGGGAGCUCUGCAACAGCGAGGUUUCUCCUUGGGUAAAGAAAAUAUGUGGAAGUUUGGGCAAGAAGAAGCAACUGAAACCAAGAGUUGCCCUUGCGCUGCAGAGCAUCAUAAAGGAAUCUGAAUCACUCUGGUUAAACCGUUCAAUGCCAAUAAAUAAAUGGACAGCUCCUGCCGGGGCUUGGUUUCUUCUUUCAGAGGUGUCAGUUUAUCUUCCAAAGUCUGUCGAAUGGGAGUUUCUUCACCAUCAUUGGCAGUUGCUAGACAAAAAUGACUCGCAAGAAGGAACAGAUGGACAAGGUGAUGAAGAGGGUGUAGAGUGUAAUUCUUCUACAUGGGCUGGGGAUCGAGUUUUUCUUUUGCAAACUAUCUCCAAUGUUUCCCUUCAGCUGCCACCAGAGCCUGCUGCAGAUCUGGCCGACAAUUUGCUGAAGAAAAUCGAAAAGUUUAACCUGCAUUCUGCUGAGGUCGAUGCACAUGUUAAAGCAUUAAAAACUUUGUGCGUAAAGAAGGCGUGCAUCCCGAAGGACUCGGAUGUGCUUGUCAAGAAAUGGGUAGACCAAGUUUUAUCUAAGGCAUCUAAGGUCACUGAGAAAUACAUCGAGGGAAUCUCCAGUAAUAAUCUUUCUUUCGCCACACCAGCAAUGCUUGGAAGUAGGAGAAGCAAGAAACUGGAUUCUGUAUCCAAGAAGUUAUCAAAAGCUAUCACAGCAGUAUAUACCAUUGGAUCUUGUGUCAUUAUAUAUCCUUCAGCUGACACAACCAAAAUUGUUCCGUUGUUACAUACUGUAAUCACUUCAGGAAAUUCAGAUUCAAAGCUGAAAAACAAAUUGCCACAAGCCAAUGCUUGCUUGAAGCAAAAAGCUCCUCUUCUCUAUAGUCAGUCUUGGUUGACCAUGGCGAAGAUUUGUUUGGCUGACGGGAAGCUUGCUAAAAGAUAUAUCCCUCUCUUUGCACAGGAGCUUGAAAAGAGUGAUUGUGCAGCCUUGCGUAACAAUCUAGUGGUGGCGAUGACAGACUUUUGUGUACACUAUACAGCCAUGAUUGAGUGUUACAUACCAAAGAUUACUAAACGUCUUCGGGAUCCUUGUGAAGUUGUUAGAAGGCAGACAUUCAUACUUCUCUCAAGGUUAUUACAGAGAGAUUAUGUGAAGUGGAGAGGAGUUCUUUUCCUUCGCUUCCUUCUAUCUCUUGUGGACGAAUCUGAAAAGAUACGUCGACUUGCAGACUUUUUAUUCGGAAACAUUCUUAAAGUCAAGGCACCACUUUUAGCUUACAACAGUUUUGUGGAAGCUAUUUAUGUGUUAAACGAUUGCCACGCCCACAAUGGCCACAAUAAUUCAGAUUCUAAGCAAUCAAGAACAAAGGAUCAAGCUUUUACUAUCAGAGGAAAUGAUGAAAGAGCUAGGUCUAAAAGAAUGCAGAUCUACGUUACUCUGCUUAAACAAAUGGCUCCAGAACAUCUUCUGGCCACAUUUGCAAAGUUAUGUGCAGAGGUCCUCGCAGCUGCUUCUGAUGGAAUGCUCAACAUAGAAGAUGUAACUGGUCAGUCAGUUCUACAGGAUGCGUUUCAGAUCUUGGCGUGCAAAGAGAUCCGUUUAUCAGUUUCAAGAGGAUCUUCGUCUGAGACAGUGGAGAUGGAAGAAGAAGGUGGAGACUCCAACGCGGCGGCUGCCAAAGGAAAAGCCAUAACGCAAGCUGUUAGAAAAGGGUUGAUUCAGAACACGAUUCCAAUCUUCAUCGAGCUCAAGAGGCUAUUGGAGAGCAAGAACAGUCCUCUCACAGGUUCGCUCAUGGACUGCCUCCGUGUGCUCCUGAAAGACUACAAGAACGAGAUAGAAGAAAUGCUCAUCGCUGAUAAACAGCUUCAGAAAGAGCUGGUUUACGAUAUGCAGAAGCACGAGGCUGCAAAGGCAAGGUCCAUGGCUAACCAAGGGGUUGGCUGCGGGACAAGUCAUAGAAGCCGCGAACCAGAGCAACCAACAACAGCAGCAGCAGCAGCAGCGAGGGAGGAGAAUGUUAGGGAUUCGGGAUUGGAAUCGAGAGUGGUUUCUGCGGCUGCAGAUGCAAUGGCGGCUAAAGCGGCAAGGUCGGUACUGAGAGAAGUGAACGGUGGAGCUGCAACGCCGCCACUGAGCGCAAUGAGCGUUCCGAAGCUAAGGUCGAGCCUUGGAGGAGGUAAACAGAGUGGUCGACCAUCGGCUGAUGUGCUGGAGUCUCUGAGAAGAAGACCAACUUUCAUGUCUGAUGACGAUAACUAAACUGAGAGAGACUCAGGAAAUAAAUAGCUUUUGUUGCAACUAAACUACUAAUGUCUAUUGUGUAUGUUUGAAAACGAGUGUAAGAACCUGAUCUUGUUCUUGUUCCUAUCUAGUUAAGCUUGCUUAGGAGAA